AAUUGGCUGACAAUGAUUCCCAACAAAAAUUGGGUCACACCAAAUGAUCAUGAGAAUGUUGAAUUCUUUGGGUCCUCAAAACUCUACCCAGAAAACCCAAUUAAGUUCCCACUCCCACAACUGAAAAAAUAAAAAUAAAUAAAUAAACCUUCAAGCUUUGAAGCCACAAAGUUUGAGUCGUUUCAGAAAAACCUGGAAAACCCAUGAAUCUUUGCUUGUGACUUUGUUGGGUUUGAAUGAAUCAGAGCUUUGGUGAGAAAGACAUUCAUUUUUUGUUGGAAUUAUAGGCUUCCCUGAGAGCUCAAUUAGGCAUGUUACAAGAGAGAAUGAGCUAUCCAUCAACUCAAUUUGCCACCUCAAGACAAAUGGGGAUAUACGAGCCGUUUCGACAGGUUGGUGUGUGGAAAGAAACAUUCAGGGGUGAUCAUAGCUCAAACACAGGUGCUUCUUCAAUUCUAGAAGUGGAUGCUGGGAUAGAAACCAAGAUUGGAUAUGUUUCUCAUGAAUCCUUGGCACCAUCCGGAAAUGAUCAAGAACCAAACAGAUCUUCUGAUAAGGUACAGAGGCGCUUAGAACAAAAUCGUGAAGCUGCUCGCAAAAGUCGUAUGCGGAAAAAGGCUUAUGUUCAACAACUAGAAACAAGCCGCUUAAAACUGGCACAACUGGAGCAGGAACUUGAAAGAGCUAGAAAACAGAUAAACCGGCGGCUGCCUGAUUUGCAGGGUGCCUAUGUAGCCAGUUCAUUAGGUACAAGUCAUAUGGGAUACAAUGGAGCUUUGAAUUCAGGGAUCACUACAUUUGAGAUGGAAUAUGGACAUUGGGUUGAAGAACAACACAGACAGAAUGUUGAACUCAGAAAUGCAUUGCAAGAUCAUGGAACCGAUAUAGAACUUCUUCGAAUACUUGUAGAAAGUGGCUUGAGCCACUACGCUAAUCUUUUCCGGAUGAAGGCAGAUGCUGCAAGGGCUGAUGCCUUUUACUUACUGUCUGGCAUAUGGAGAACAUCAGUAGAACGCCAUUUUCACUGGAUUGGAGGAUUUCGCCCAUCAGAGCUUCUAAAUAUUGUGUUGCCACAGCUUCAGCCAUUGGAUGAACCACAACUUGUGGAUUUCUAUAACUUGAGGCAAUCGUCUCAGCAAGCGGAAGAUGCUCUCACGCAGGGAAUGGAGAAGCUUCAGCAGAAUUUGGCGUUGACCAUAGCAGGUGAUCAAAUCAGUGGAGAAAUUUAUGGAUCUCAGAUGGCUACUGCAUUGGAGAAGUUGGAAGCACUGGAGACCUUUGUGGGCCAGGCGGAUCACCUCCGGCAGCAAACUCUGCAGCAAAUGUCUCGAAUCCUAACGACUCACCAGGCAGCUCGAGGCUUGCUUGCGCUCGGGGAAUACUUUCACCGGCUGCGUGCCCUCAGUUCUCUUUGGACUGCCCAUCCUCGUGAACCGACAUAGUCAGCUGCAAGCCUCAUCUGCUUAAAUAUAUAUAUUCUUUUCCAAUCAACUUGCCUUGUUUCAGAGGUUGUAAAUAUGUUCAGCUUAGUGGCUGCCUGAGUGUACCAAUUCAAAACAUAUAGGUUUUCAAGUCAUAUGUCUCCAAUGCCUGUAGCAUAUUAGCUAGUUUGUUGGGUAGAUUGAUUUGAAAUGCAAGAUGAAUUAGCUGUUACUUGAUGUGUAAAUUUGCUCGAGACAAUUAUUGCCAUAUGCAUGCCAGCAGUUACUAUUUUAUUAAGGUUUGGUGA